CAAGGAUGUUAGAAAAAAUUCCCAAGGCCUACAUUCUAAAUAGAUGGUGUACAAUGGCUUAUAAGAAGCCCAUUUUUGAUUUAGAGGGUAAUGUGUUGGAGGAAUGUAUUAAUGCAGUAGAUAAGAAAAUGUUAUUAAAUGAUUUGUGGUCUGAAAUUCAUGCUUGUGUGAGUUUAGUGCAAAACAAUGAAUAUGAUCUUAGUGAUCUUGUCAAAAAACUUCGAGCCAUGAGGGUAGAUUUGGAACAGAAGAAAACAAAUGGAAGCAACAAUCUUUCGAGCAAAGUUAAAGACAUUGAAAUGCUUAUUGGAGCUAGUCUACCUUCUAAUGUUUUAAUCAAACCUCCUAAAAUUUCGAAGAACAAAGGCACGGGGGUUCAUGUUCCAAAUCAGGUCAAUGUUCCAAAUGAUGUCCAUGUUCCAAAUCAGGUUCAUGUUCCAAAUCAGGUAAAUGUUCCAAAUGAUGUCCAUGUUCCAAAUGAUGUCCAUGUUCCAAAUGAGGUUCAUGUUCCAAAUAGUGACAAAAGAAUGAAGAGUGACAGAGAAAAGUCUAUUGAACAAAGUCAAAAGAAGAAGAGAUUAUGUAGAGCAUGUGGGGAGCUUGGUUAUCAUGAUAGUCGUAAUUGCCCUGGAAAAGUCAAGUGAUAUUGUUGGUGAAUAUACUAUUAAUCCAGUUGCAUGAGAUGUUAUAUAUUUAGAAACAAUAUCUCAUUUACUAGCACGUAAAAUAUU